ACGCGCGGGCAAAUUGGUCAAAGUGAAAGUGGUCCCUGGGCAAUAAGGGGACCGGCGCGCACGCCAACACAUGCGCAACAGACAUCCACGCCUGUGAGUCACAAGCGCGCACGGCAGCACUGCGCCCGGAGACGAUUUGAGCGCGCUCGCUAUUCGAGUCAUGGACGGCAGCGAGCUGGGGGACCAUUAGGAGCCGCUGGCAAAAAGCCGCUUUAUUUGCAACACACGGAGGCUGCAGCCUAAACCGCGCGGACUGGACCCAUGCUGUCUGACAAGCGGAAUUAACACUAAUGUGAUCGAUAAACCGAAUCGCUUUGACGGGGAGAUGAGAGAUCUCACCCCGUAGAAUAUUCCCCGUUUUACUUGACAGAAAACGCUGUGUGCCAUAUGCUCUGCGAAUUUCAGAGUAGCCUAUGGCAAGCCAUUUAUCCUGAUGCGGAGCGUCUGAUGGUUGCAGUGGGACGGAUAUCCUCAAUUUGAUCCAUUAGGCAUUCUAAGGUUUUUCUGUGUUGGAUGCUUUUUUUUUUCCAUCUCUCGCUGCGCUGACCUUAUUCACAAUGCUUUAAAUAGGUAAACGUUGACUGGCAUGCUGUAAGGAACAACUGAUUUGAGAUACCCAUAGACUGACAGUUCGGUUUUUUUUAACUUUAUAUUUUCGUGACUGUUUUUUUUUUUUUUUUUUUUUUUUUUUUGCCCUUUUGGCAGAAUUUUUUUUUUUUUGUGGAUUCGUCUGGGAGACUGAUUUAGGGUAAGAAGCGGCCUGUGUGCGGACUUCAUUCCCCCUUAAAAAAAACACACACUCAAAAAAAAAAAAAAAAAAAAAAAAAAAAAAACCUGCAGGAUUUUCCUUCUCCACAGUCCAGAGGAAUACCUUCAAGAUCGGGAGGCUACAACAGCUUACAGCAGGGUUUAGAAUGGUGACCGCACCGCAGAUGAACGCAACUCUCUCUGAGUGUUUGGCGUUUUUUCUCAGCCGAGCAUCUUGACUUGUGAUCGAGAGAGACGCGGACUGCAGCAGCCUCCAGCCUCCAGCCCCCCUUUUCACAUGGAGAUUUGUGUCUCGGUGAUACUGCAAAUCUUGAAAACGUGGACGGGGGCCCUGAUGAUUUUUCCUGCACUGCUCUCGCCCUCGAGUUCUUUUAUUCGAAAAAAUGCGGAAGCCUAGCACCAAAUGAACUAUGAAUGCGGAACACAAUGAUCUACUCCCUCCAACGCCAGACAAUGAGAGGUCGUAGGCUGAAGGGGGCACUGUCCAACCCCCUUUUUGUGGUACUUUUGGCUCUUCAGAUACUGGUGGUGGCUGGGCUCGUUCGUGCUCAGACCUGUCCGUCCGUCUGCUCAUGCAGCAACCAGUUCAGCAAAGUUAUAUGCACACGGCGGGGUCUACGGGAUGUCCCAGAUGGCAUUUCUACCAAUACCCGUUACCUGAACCUUCAGGAUAACCUAAUUCAGGUAAUCAAGGUGGACAGUUUCAAACAUCUACGCCAUUUGGAGAUUUUGCAACUGAGCAAGAAUCAUAUCCGCAGCAUUGAAAUUGGUGCUUUCAAUGGGCUGGCCAGUCUUAAUACAUUAGAGCUCUUUGAUAAUCGUCUCACGACAAUUCCCAAUGGAGCAUUUGAGUACUUGUCCAAACUUAAAGAACUGUGGCUACGGAACAACCCCAUUGAAAGUAUACCAUCUUAUGCCUUCAACCGGGUUCCUUCACUUCGAAGGUUAGAUCUAGGGGAGCUCAAGCGUCUCUCCUACAUUUCUGAUGGAGCUUUCAAGGACUUGACCAACUUGCGCUAUCUGAAUUUGGGAAUGUGCAACCUCAAAGAGAUCCCUAACAUAUUACCUUUGGUCAGGCUUGAAGAGCUAGAAAUGUCAGGAAACCAGCUGUCUGUCAUCAAACCCAGCUCAUUUACAGGUUUAGUGAACCUUCAAAAGCUGUGGAUGAUGCAUGCCCAGAUCCAAACUAUAGAGAGAAAUUCCUUUGAUGAUCUUCAGUCAAUGGUGGAACUCAACCUGGCUCACAACAACCUGACCUUUCUGCCACAUGACCUCUUUACACCAUUGCAUCACCUGGAAAGAGUGCACCUCCAUCACAACCCUUGGAACUGCAACUGUGAUAUUUUGUGGCUCAGCUGGUGGCUUAAGGAAACAGUGCCUGCCAAUACCAGUUGCUGUGCUCGCUGUCAUUCUCCUUCAGCCUUUAAAGGUCGUUAUAUUGGGGAACUGGACCACAGCUACUUCCAGUGUGACGUUCCUGUUAUUGUGGAGCCACCCAGCGAUCUGAAUGUCACAGAAGGCAUGGGUGCUGAACUUAAGUGUCGUACAAGCUCGUUAACAUCCAUCAGCUGGCUCACACCAAAUGGCUCUUUGAUAACACAUGGGGCUUAUAAGGUACGGUUGUCUGUACUCAAUGAUGGGACGCUAAAUUUUACCAGCGUAACAAUGCAGGACACCGGGACUUACACCUGUAUGGUUAGUAACACAGCAGGAAACAUUACUGCUUCUGCAGUCCUUAAUGUCACUUCUGUGGAAAACAGUGGAGUUACCUAUUUUACCACAGUCACUGUGGAGACCAUUGAGACCAUUGUGGAUGACAGCCAAACACCACUCCCCCCAUUUGGCUGGGUACCAUCUUCAACUACAAAGGGUAUGCCUGUUUUAACAAGGACCACAGAGCGGACUUAUACCAUACCAGUCCUUGACGUUGAUGGAGAAGGAGCCCUCAAUGGUCUUGACGAGGUGAUGAAAACCACCAAGAUUAUCAUUGGCUGUUUUGUAGCCAUUACACUUAUGGCUGCUGUUCUGCUGGUUAUUUUCUACAAGAUGAGGAAGCAGCAUAACCAGCAGGACCCUGAUGGCCCUGCCUCCUCCAUGGAAGUCAUUACUGUUGAAGAAGAGCUUGCAGGUGUUGCUGCUAUGGAGAGACAUCUGUCGCUUCCCCCGUUGGAGCACUACAACCACUACAACACCUACAAGAACACUUAUCAUCAUCCUCCUAUGCUCAGUACCAUACACAGCUCGGCCACACAGGAACCUUUACUGAUUCAAGCUUGUUCAAAAGACAACGUCCAAGAAACCCAAAUCUGAUCUUAAGAUUGACCACAUAUCCAGUAUUACCAGUCUACGGCUGGAAUACAACGGACCAAAACAUAAAAAUAAAAUGAAUAAAAUGCCGUUGACUUGACAGUUGAUCUUGACGGCACUUAAUCAAUGUUUGGCAAAGGGACAACUUAAAACUUUGAAAAGGGUCUUUACAAAAACAAAAGUUAUUUAUUAAAAAUGUCUAGUGGCUAACUGAAAAAAAAAAAACAAUUUGUGAUAGCUUUUUAGCUCAUUUUUUUCUCUCUUUCACUCUGUGUAAUACUGCUCAAGGGAAAGAAUGGUUUAUUGCAGGUGAAUCUGAACUGUAUAAAACGCAGCUUGUGAAAAACCACAGCGGGUUUCGACCUCGCGCUCAAAUGUUUGUGAUUCCAUUAACCUGUUAAUUUGUUGAAGGACAUCGCUGUGUCCAAAAUGGAGGAAGCUUACGACACGUCAAACAAGACAACUGCGGUGUUAUUUUCCUAACCAUCAUAUUCCAGCUGUCACUCACGAUGAGAUUAGAUCUUUUAAUGACACAGCUCUGGUUUAUAUCACCGUGGAACCAGCAUGCCUGUGGAGCAAAGCUGCCAAAUGAGUAAAUGUGCAUUUCCCCUGUGGCUCCUAAACAACAGACAUACAUCCUUUGCUUUAAUUAAGAUUAAGGUCUGGCUCCCACUCUCCCUCCUCACAUUUCUCUAGACUUCUUACCCUUAAUCAUUUUUCUUCUGUUCCUCCUCUCUUCUUUUAUCUCAGAAUUAUCCAUUUUCCCAGUCAACGUCUGCCCUGCUUUCGCUCUACUUGUUUGUGUGAUUGCCUUUUUGUCAUUGAGCUCAAGCACGUUCUUCACUCGUUCUCGUCUCUCAUUUGUCUUGCUUUGUCUGAGUACGUGUGCUGCACAGCGGCAAAAUGUUUCUUAGGAAAAUGAAGGGUAGCAUAAGGUUGUGCUCUGCAGCCUCCCUGUUAACCUGGUAAUGAUCUACGUCCACUCGGUGUCGCGCCACCUUGCCGUCACCCCAGGGCCACGUGAGCUCAGGCGGUGAUAGUCCAUCUGUUGGUUCGGAUAAAAAGGCAAAUGAGUCGGGUUUGUAAUGUAGUGUGACCCUGUCAAACAAACAGGCCUAGCAUAGUCAGUGAAGCAGCUAGGAACAUGCAACAAACUAGGAGAAGUUAUAGCUUAUCAAUCUGCACCAGCAGUUCAUUUCCAGACUAAUAGAGAAAAGCUGAUAAGAAAGCAGCAUGAGACUUUGUGCCUGACAUCUUUCAGAGGGUAGUGGGCUUUGAUAUUGACACGACCCCUGCUCAGUCUCAUUUUUGGCAGAGAGAAAAAAAAAAACUAAGACACUUUGAUGUUGCGCCAUUUAUAGACCAUCAAAACAUUGUCUCUCCUCCUGUCUAUUUACAUGCUGCGGUUUUCAUUUAGUCUUAGAAAAAAAAGAGGAGGCUUAAGGAAGAGGAUAGUAUGAGUGAAAAGAGAAGAGCAGUGUUUGGGGUAGAGGCGAGAGUGGAGCAGUCUGGAGGGGUGGGGGGUCCAUAUCAACAGUGGUCAUGAAAGGUCUUCAAACACAGAAAUUGCACAUGUGAUGUGGGAGAAGUAGAAAAAUAGAUAAGAAAUAAGGAGGCAAACUAGCCAUCAGCCCGUCGCCAUGGAAACAGUGACCUUAUGUGGAACGUAAGAAGAGGUAGACAUGCCUUUUGCUUUGGUCUCUGUGCAACAAGCAUAUUUUAAUUUCCCACUGGCAAAUUCGCAAUUUGAGCCAAUUAUUAACCAAACUGGCUUAAUGGAAUGUCUGUUUACAGAUGGGUUUGGUGGGAUUUGACUCACACAGAACAUUGCAUUUACAAACAAAAUUUGUCAUGUUUUAUUUUAUUAUUAUAAUAUUUCUAAACAAAUCACCAAAGAAUAGAUAAAAAAAAUAUUUAGGUCAGGCAACACUAAAACCCUUUUUUUUCCAGAGGUUGUUUCCAAAAAUGUGCAGUUAGGCUCAAAUUAAUUCAUACCAUUGGCAGAGUUAGAUUCAAAAUAAUCUUGAACCAGACCAACCUCCAUCUUGAGACUGGAAGUAAUAAGUAAUUUGAACUGAUCCAACUGGAGUCCCUGUUGUAAUCUGAUAAUGGCAAGGAGGAUUUUAAAGCUCAAAGACAUGGAGCUCAUCACAAAACAUGAACCAUCAAAAACACCAGUGGAGACAUGCAAAUAGCUGGUCAGCUGUUAUUAAAGGGCUUUUAAUUUUUUGAGUGCCAACAAAGGUUUUCCAUUUAAUUUCUGUGGAGUGUAGCAUUUUUUUAACGAAAGAAAUAAAUGAAUUCAGACAGAUGAAAAUGCAAAUCCGGCUAGAGCAGCUGAACCAGGAAGUACUCACCGCAGCUCUUCACUUUGGAUGACAUGAGUAGUGCUCCUAAUACUAAGGACACUGAGUAAACCAUUCUUUCCCUUUUCACUAUUUUCCUUUUUCCAAUGCUCAAUUCCUUUACAAUGCUUUUGGUGGAUAAUGAUUCAAUGUUGAUGCUGGCUACAGUAAAAAAAAAAAAAAGGUUCAGAUUUUUUAUAUAUAUUUGGAGCUUGUGAGUUUUUUCAGAAUGAAUGGGAUAUCUGUGUAUUGGUAGUUACUUUUGGCAGGGUGGCUUAUUUAGAAAGACAUUUGAUAGCUGGGAUGUAUUUGAAGGAAGACUGUCGAGCAGAAUGUUGGACUCGACAUACCAGCAGACUGAGUUUUUUGUGCAAACCCCCGGCCAAGGUGAUCAAUUUAUUGUGUGUUAUUCUGCCAACUGUCCAUAUAUGGGGAGGGUUAUCAUAUGUGAGGACAUUCUCUCAUUUUUUGGAGAGGAACAUCAUCACAUGGCUAAAUUUCUACAGAAAAAAAGUAUUUUCAAAACAUAAUGCAAAAAAAAAAUAUCUUCAGAUCAUAAUUUUACAUGUGCUCCAACUUGUUAAAAAAAGACAAAAAGAAAAACAAAAACAAGAAAAAAAAAGAGUGCUUGUAUGGAGUCCAAAUAAUUUCACUAAGGAUGAUGUUCAAUAUUGAUACCUGAGAUUGUAGUUCAUACUGUACAUGAAUACAAAUAAAAAAAUGGCAAUUCUCUUUUUU